AUGGCAUCUCCUCCUCCGUACUAUCCCGACACCAAUGCGCCAGCACCAACUGGAGCCGCACCCCCACAAUACGAGAAUGUAGCCUCAAGCUCCAGCCAACCGCUUGCGGCUCAAACCGAUACACCAACCUUUCUUCUGGAUGACUGUGUCGUGCUGGAGCAGUCCCGCAACCGGGUUCAUUAUGAGCUCGGCAAUCCACUCGGAAACCCCACGACAGAACCUUGCAGCAUCACAAAGCACUGCUAUCCCCCCAAUAACGAACCUUGCGAGAAGCCACCUCGCGUGCAUCUGUACGAUUUCCAAGACACGUGGAGCCAGAUGGGGGGCGUCCACCUGGCCAUUAACGGAAGAGCCGGCGAAGAUCGUGCAUACCCGGGGCUCUUUCUCGUCCAGGGGGUAGGUUCUGCCGCGUAUCAGGUUGCAGGCCACUUCAAGGCGAGCCAGGGGGUCUUGGAUCGAAUCAAGAACAAGAACCAAAUCGCUUGGGUGGACACCAAGGAUCGGGUGGUUGGCGUUGAGUUCAAGCAGAGCCUCAACAAGGAGUCUGGCCAGACAUCACCCCCCAAGUUUGAGGUCAAGGUCCCGCUAGAUGAAAAGGAGCUUGAUCUUUUGGUGACUUGCUGGUGUGCCAAGGUGUGGCACGAAGCUGGAAAGCCGCCAAAGGAGCCCAUGUCGUGGCAGAAGUUCAAGCGAGUCGCCGGGGAAACUGUAGUGGCUACGGUUGGAUCACAAGCCGGAGCCGGCGGGGUAAUCAACCCAUGA